AAAAAUAAAAGUAAUAAAUGAAAAAUAUUUCAAAAAUCUCGCAAAAAUAAUUGACCAAUGAGCGUGUAGUACUUUUUUUUAAUACAUCCAACGCAUGCGCAGAGUUUCAGAUCAUUGUUAUUGUAUGUUAACAAUAUUCUGUUUUUAUUAAAUUUCAAUGAAAUUUCUAUAAAUUGUAAAUGAUUGCUCGAAAUAAUUUGUACAAAAGUAAUGGAAUCUAUUUCUAUUUCCAAAAAACGUUUGAGAAAUCGUAGAAAACGUCGACAAGUGAGAAAAAAUAAACGUCUAAAUCGUGAGGGACUAAGAUUUGAGGUUAAAACUAAAGAACGUCAAAAAUUAAUAGCUGCUGCAAGUGCAUAUUUAUCUAAGAAUAAACAAAUUGAAAAAUCAAUGGAAGCAAAAGCAUUUUGGGAAAAUUACACAACUGCCCAGGCUUGGCAACAAAAACACAAUGUAGUUUGGUGGAAAUCUCGUUGUGUUGCAUUGGAAGCAGAAAAUGUGACUUUACGUGAGACAAUUCGAAAACUAGUACAAACAAUGCAAUGUCAAAAUGCAGAACAAAUAAAUAAUAUAUUUCAAUCUGCUUUUUCUAAUUAUGAAACGCAACAAACGUCAACAAAAAUACAAUCACAAUAUGAAAAUGAUAAUAUUCAGAAACAAGAAAAUCAGAAAAAUUAUCAAAAUAACCAAGAUGAAUUAAAUGAAGAUGAAAAUCAUUCGGAUGAUGAAAAUUUUGAAUUUCAAGUAAAUGAAGGUAUGAUGGAUUUUUUAAAACAAAGUAUUAAACAUAAAAUGGAACUUAAAGAACAACGAGAAAAAGAGGAAGCUCUUGAACGCGAUGAAGAGAUAUUUCCCCAGAUGAAAGUAAUUUCAUUAAAGGAAAAAAUUGAGAAUGCAAAACUUUUAUAUGGCGAAGCAAGUCCAAGAAUAUUAGGAAUGGAAACUGCAUUGCAAGCAACAAUUGACAGUCAUAAAGAUAAAACACGUCCAAAUUAUUGGCCAAAUAUUCCAUUAAAACUUUAAAUUGUCGUAAAAUAUAUAUAUAUAUUUUUUUCUA